UUGCUCCACUGGUCAAAGCAGGAAAGCAAAGUCGGCUGGAUGCAUUUACUCGUUUCUGAGCCUAGUUUUGUCGUGCUGUGAUGGUGAUUGCCAAGGCGUGGGUUCUAAAGAAGCAUUUUGAUGGUUUUCCCCAAACCAGUGACUUUGACCUGAAAAAGAUAGAACUACCAAAUCUAAAGGAUGGAGAGUUGCUGCUUGAAUCAAUGUUUCUCAGUGUUGAUCCUUACAUGAGACCUUACAGCCGAAGGAUCAUGAAGGAAGAUGACAUAAUGAUAGGCACGCAGGUUGCCAGGAUUGUAGAAAGCAAAAAUCCUGCUUUCACAGUGGGGGCCUUUGUUGUGGCUGACAGGGGCUGGAGAACUCAUUUUAUCUCUGAUGGGAAAGGCCUAUAACUCCUCCCUUCCAAUUGGCCAGAAUCACUCCCUAAAUCUCUAGCUCUUGGAACAGUUGGCAUGCCCGGCCUCACUGCAUAUUUUGGUCUGCUGGAGGUCUGCAAGAUGAAGCCAGGAGAGACAGUACUGGUUAAUGCUGCAGCUGGCGCUGUGGGCUCUGUGGUGGGGCAGCUUGCUAAAAUUGGGGGUUGCAAAGUGAUUGGCUGUGCUGGCUCAGAUGACAAGGUUGCCUAUCUGAAAAAAAUAGGCUUUGAUGAAGUCUUUAAUUACAAGACUGUUAAAUCUCGGGAUGAAACACUGCGUAAAGCCUCUCCUGAUGGCUAUGACUGUUUCUUUGACAAUGUGGGUGGAGAAUUUGCCAGUGUUGCUAUCAACCAAAUGAAGACAUACGGAAGGAUUGCAGUCUGUGGCACCAUCUCUCAGUACAAUGACUCUGUGCCUCAGAAAGGGCCUUAUGUGCAGAUGCCCAUGAUUUUCAAAGAGCUUCAAAUGGAAGGGUUUCUUGUGAGCCGAUGGAACAAUCGCCGGGAGGAAGGCCUGCAGGCCCUGCUGAAGUGGGUUGUGGAGGGAAAAGUGAAGUACCAUGAACAAGUCACUGCAGGAUUUGAGAACAUGCCAAUGGCUUUUAUAGGAAUGUUAAAGGGAGAAAAUCUUGGAAAAGCUGUUGUAAAAGUGUGAAGAUCAGAUAUUCCUGGGAGACUGGUGCAGGAGAAUGUGUUUCUGUUCGAUGCUUUUAAUUCACUUGUGAAAUCAUAUGAUCAGUGUGUUUCAAUCAUUU